CUGGCCGUGGCGCUGCUGCAGUUCGUCUACCUGUCGCUGCUGGCCGGACUGCACGGGCGCGAGCAGCGGCGCCGGUACGGGCAGCUGUUCCCCGGCGGCGCGGCCCUAGGUGCCAGCUUGCAGCGCCGCGCGGCCGAGAGUGCCAAGGAGCAGCUGCGCGCCGUGCUGGCCGCGGGGGGCGCCCUGGAUGCCAGCGGCGACUACCGCGUGUACCGGCACGUGCUGGGGGACCCUUCGCGCCGGCCGCGCGACGCUGUGCUCCUGGCCACACACGCCAGCCUCAGCAAUCUGGGUCAUGUGGGCACUCUGCUGGAGCGCUGGGCUGGCCCGCUGGCCGUGGCAGUGUUCGCAGCGCGGCCGGAAGAGGCGCAGCUGGCCACGGUGCUGACUUACGCGCUGGGCGCUCUCUGCACUGAAGCGGUACGGGACCGCCUCACCAUGCACCUCGUGUGCCCCGCGCGCACUGAGGCUGCCGUGCCGGACCCCCGCGAGCCGGGCGAGUUCGCGCGCAUCAGCAGCUGCACAGAUGUGUUCACGAGCAUGGGAGCCCGCAGCCGCUCAGGUCGCAACUACGCGCUGGCCACCAACGUCUCCUACCCCAACAACCUGCUCCGAAACGUGGCCCGGGAGGGCGCUGGCUACGCCCUCGUCGUGGACGUGGACAUGGUGCCCAGCGAGGGGCUCUGGCCCGGCCUUCGGGAUCUGCUGGCCCUGGGCGAGGGCAAGGCCGGCCGGGCGCUAGUUGUGCCUGCCUUCGAGAUCCGUCAGGGGGUUCGGGUCCCCCGCACCAAGAUCGAGCUGAUGCGGUUCCUUAAGAUGGGCCACGUGCGCCCGUUCUAUGCCGAACUGUGCCCCCGAUGCCAGGCGCCCACCAACUACACUCGAUGGCUCACCCUGCCCCUAGGGGGCCCCCUGCGCCCUGCCUACCGGGUGACCUGGCAGGACCCCUGGGAGCCCUUCUAUGUGGCCGGAGGCGCAGUGCCCUCCUAUGAUGAGAGGUUUCGCCAGUAUGGUUUCAACCGCAUCAGCCAGGCCUGUGAGCUCCACGUGGCGGGUUUCGAGUUUGAGGUGCUGAAUGAUGCUUUCCUGGUCCACAAGGGCUUCAAGAUGCCUGGGGACUUCCACCCCCAGAAAGAGGCAGAGAAUCAACGCAACAAAAUCCUCUUCCGCCAGUUCAAACAGGACUUGAAGAUGAAGUACCCAGACUCCCCCAGGCGAUGCUGAGCUGCUGGCCCACCUACCAGGCAGCCUCCAAAGGCAGGGCUGGGGCCUUUGGCUCUUCAGGUUUCCCCCUCAAGCCUGUGGGAGGCAUGAGGGGCUAACCCAGUCCUUCACCCUGGGGGUGGGCCUUUUUUAGGUGGGUGAUGAGCACUGAUGUGACAAAGCCAAGAGGUCCCUGCCCUUUGUCUCCACCACUUACCUUGGGCCACUCUCCUCCCCUCAUCACUAAAAUGAGAGUUGGACUAGAUGACCAAGGCCCCUUUCACCUCAGAAUCUGAUGGUUUAAGGGAAAGAAGGAAGUUGGGAGUCUUGGAGGAUGACCCCAGCACUGCCUCGGACUUGCUGUGUGACCUUGGGCAAAUCCUUUCCUCUCUCUGAGUCUCAACUGACAUGUCUGUCAAAGGAGAGAAUUGGACUAGAUGACCUGUAAGGUCACUUCCAGCUCUAAGGUUUGGCACCUGGGACUGGUACAGCCCUGGGAAUCAGAAUGGGUGGGGAAGGAGCCCCAUGGGUGAGAGGAAACCCCCAUCCCCAACAGGUGCAGAACCAGGAAUUUUCAUUUGGAUGAUAAUAUGCCAAUAAACCAGUGUUCACGUGGA